AUGUUUUACUUGAUCACCAGGUGCCCGCUGCUGAAAUUGUGCCUUGUUUUGGUUCUACUACGUAUGGCAGAACUGCGUAAAGCGCAUAAGACUACGCUUACUCCAUCCGAAACUACCUUAACAACAACUCAUGCCCCAUUGGACUAUGGAACGGAAGAUAGCAAUUCAUACGGCCAAGUUCCGGAUGAUUCUCAAUACUAUUCGGCUCCAUCGUAUCCUUACGACUAUGCGGGAUAUUCUGGCUACUACUACGUAUCAGAGGACGGAGAAUCGGCAGUGGAUGCACGGAGGCAAUGUGAUGUAGAUAUCACUAUUGAUGAUGAGGAACGUGUAAGAAUCCAACAAAUGCCGGAAUUCGAGGCGGGCUAUGAUGAUCAAAUCGAUCCGCGCAUUACGGGGAAUUGUCUCCUGGCAGGGCUGGUUGGCGUUGCGAUGAACAUGGUCUCGGGAUACCUUUACGUGAAAAGAAGUCCGCUACGAGGAAAUGUUGCGCUCGCCUUUGGAGCUAUUCUGGCUUUCUUUGGCGGCAACGUUUAUCGAUUGGCAAAGUAUUUAAUGAUUAUGUAUAUGAUUAUCGUAUGCGUCAUUCCAAUCGUCAUCACAGAGCUGAUGAUCGGAAUAAUUAACGAUAUGGGUACACAUUGCUGGGGAGGCUUUUGGUACGAUCCAACCAACUUUGCCAUCACCAUCAACUUCUACAAAAACGCCUACACCCGCGAACUUUUUGAGCAGCUGAGCACUGUUGUUCUGGGAAUUAUAACCGGCACAUUGGGCCUUAACUUGACAACGUUUUGGAGGCUGAAAUACCUGGGCAUGCUAGAAAAAGGAAACUUGGUCGCCUCCCAUAAUCAGAUUUUGAUGAUUCUGCUGGGCUUCUCGAAUCUCUCGUAUUUCUUUGACGAAUUCUUGGCUGGGCUCACCCAAGAACAGCUAACCUUCGGGCGUAACAACGUUUCGGCGAAUAUUGCCAAAACUUACCGAUACCACGCGAGCAUCAUCGUCACCGGCAUGCUGUUCGUCUGUUAUUGCCUUACAUGCGGAAAUCGACGGAAAGAGAAGAACCGUGGAAUGGUCACGGUGACCGCGGGAGAAAAUGCUAGCGGCGCUGGUGAU